UGAAGUCAGUGGCUUUUCCCUCAUUCUUUUACAAAUCUUUGGCUUCCAAAAAGAGCUUCACUUCAGCUUUGAAUCGCUGUUGGAGCUGGAUGCAUGGCUGUCUCUUUCACCCGUUUCUCGUGGUCCAUGUGGGGUGGUGGGGGAAAGAAGAAAGAAACCGUUUCUAAUGGCUCUGCUCUGAAUUCAUCAUCUUCUGAAUGGUGUCUUGCUUUAAAGGAACGUGAAAUGGUGAAAUUCCCUUUGGUGAAGGAAACAAAGAUGGCCCCAUCUCACAAGAAGGUUAGAAGGAAAUGGCAGAGCAGGGAAGAGGAGAGAAUUGAUAGAGAGUACGAUGUUGUGUUGGUGCCAUCUGAUGGUGGUGAUUGGUCCUUGUCGGGUUCCGAAUCUGAUGACUCAGAUUGGUCCAUUGGGUGGCUGGAGCCUCUUGACUCUGUUUUUCAGAGUGAUGAUGAUGAUGAUGAUGAUGAUGAUGAUGAGUCGGAUAAUAGUUUUGCUGUGCUGGUUCCUUGCUACAGACUUGGCUGCAAGGAGGUGGACGGCUCAAAGAACGUGCUUUUAAGUGCCAUGAAGAACCUCUCCAAUGAAUUUUCUUCUGCUGGGAAUAAUUACAUGGAACAAUGGCUUACUUCUCUUCAGAGUUUUGAAACGUAGAUAUAAAACUACUACUUUUUAUGGACCUUUCUGACAAACCACUACUAGCACAUAGAAAGUUAACGAGGACUACAAUAAGAAUCGCUAGAGUCCACUCUCCCAGGGCAUGUUACUAUACAUUGUAGGGAGGCUCAAAUGCCUAGUGUCUACAUUGUAGAUGCCACUUUCUCUUGUCUAUAUGUA